AAAAGGGGAGAAGGGCGCAGGCGCGCUGCCUACAACAACAACAACAACAACAACAACGAGGAACAAAAUGGCCGGCAAGACGAUGAAGCCGCGCAGCGCGGCCAACGCCGAGCGAGGCGCCGAGACGGUCAGCGAACGCGUCCUGCGGGAGUGCCACAGGCUCUACGACCACGACGCCGCCGGGACCGGCCUGAUAGACAUCGCCUCAAAACUGGACCUUCACCUCCUCCCACCUCGCAAGAAGAUCAAUGUCAUGUUAAUGGGAAACCACUCUGCUGGCAAGAGCUCCUUCAUUAACUGGUAUGUGGAGGAGCACAUCCAGCGAACCGGGGUGGCCAUCGAGACACAGGGGUUCACCUUCGUGACCAGCGGCCGGAAGAGGGAGUCGCUCACCGGCAAUGCUACGCUGCAUCUCUACCCGCACUUCAAGCCCCUGCAGCAGAUCGAAGGAGUAUCCGAGUACCUGAGCACUGAAAUCUCCACCUCCAAACAGAAGAAGUUCAGUUUGGUGACGUUUAUUGACACCCCAGGUCUGGUAGACGGAGAUAUGAAGUACCCUUUUGACGUAGACCAGGCAAUCCUGUGGCUGGGCGAGCUCUGCGAGUUGGUGCUUGUCUUCUUUGACCCCAUGGGACAGGCCCUGUGCAAAAGGACCCUGAACAUCGUGGAGAAGCUCAACGAGACCCAGGGAGAGAAGAUCCGUUUCUACCUCAGCAAGGCCGACGAGGCGGGCUCCGAGUGUGACCGGCAGAGGGUGAUGAUGCAGAUCGUACAGGAGCUGUGCAAGAGGCCAGGCCUGAACAAGUGUGGCUUUGACAUGCCGACCAUUUACAUCCCACACCCGAACAAGCCGAGUCGGUGUGUGAAUCAGAUUGAGGAGGUGUGCCGCACCAUCGAGAAGACCAUCAGCCAGACGGUGCAGAACACCCUGAACCAGCUGGAGAGGGACUGUGAACUCAUUCACAGCACCGUCGAUUCCAGGCUGCAGGAGGACAGCCUCACGUCUGUCCGAAAUCGGAAGGCUCAGUCCAAAGGCUGCGUCUUGGGGUUCCUGGGCCUCCUUGUUCCUGCAUUCCUCCUGGUCAGUUUAGUGUUGGGGAAUCUGUCUCAAGAGAUGAUAAGCAGUCUCCUGGGAGACAAUGGUACAGAGAUGCUGCAGGUUUACACGAGCCCGGUCGCCACCUUCUGGUCAAUGGUCCCCAGCGACCUGGUCUGCUACGUUUUCCUGACCCUGUGUGUCCUGUCCAUGCUGCUGAUCGGCAUCGCAAAGCUUUCAUUCAGGACCUGCCGAACCCUCACCAGGAAACAGAAGCGACAACUCCUCGAGCAGCAGGAGUUUGUGCGAGAGGUGGUGAAGGUCAAGAAGAGGCAGCUGUACACCGAGUACCUCAGACAGAGCGUCGGAGAACACGACAUGGUGUAAAGAUGGAGAACGGACUCUCCAACCCCCCACCACCACCCCCCCGCCCCCCCCACACACACUCAGACACGGCGGAGAGAUCAGAGACACGGCGGUGAGAUCAGAGACACGGCGGAGAGGUCAGAGACACGGCGGAGAGGUCAGAGACACGGCGGUGAGAUCAGAGACACGGCGGAGAGAUCAGAGACACGGCGGAGAGGUCAGAGACACGGCGGAGAGGUCAGAGACACGGCGGAGAGGUCAGAGACACGGCGGUGAGGUCAGAGACACGGCGGAGAGGUCAGAGACACGGCGGAGAGGUCAGAGACACGGCGGUGAGAUCAGAGACACGGCGGUGAGAUCAGAGACACGGCGGAGAGAUCAGAGACACGGCGGAGAGAUCAGAGACACGGCGGAGAGAUCAGAGACAUGUCCGGCUGUCAAGAGGAUUUUCUAACUUAUUUUUUGUAUCAAAUGUGAAGGAUGAAACUGAACUGACAAGGGGACUUUUUUUUACUCUGAUCAGUACACGGCUGGUACUCAGGGCAGCAUGAGAGAUUGCUCUGUCCGUCUCUCCCUCUCCCUCCCCCUGUGUCUCUCUCCCUCUCCCUCCCCUUGUGUCUCUCUCCCUCUCCCUCCCCCUGUGUCUCUCUCCCUCUCCCUCCCCCUGUGUCUCUCUCCC